UAUUCAUUUUUUAGAAAAAAAAUGUUUACCAUGCUAAUGUGAAACCUAACUAUGAGGUUGGUUGGGUGUACCUAGUAUACCAGCCAGGUUAUCUGAGAAUUGAUCAGUAGUCACUCAGCUCUCAACAUGCCAACACACAGCCUGUUCAAUGGGACCUCCCAUCCCACCCCGGUGGGCUGGCCCGAGAAUGUUGGUAUUCUGGCGGUAGACAUUUACUUCCCCGCUCAGUACGUUGACCAGAGUGAGCUUGAGGUUCAUGAUGGAGUAUCAGGAGGAAAAUAUACAAUUGGCCUGGGUCAGACUAGGAUGGGGUUCUGCACGGAUAGGGAGGAUAUCAACUCACUAUGCUUGACCGUGGUCAACAGGUUGUUAGAGAAGACUGGAACAGAUCCGUCUAAGAUCGGAAGACUUGAAGUUGGCACUGAAACCAUCAUUGACAAGAGCAAAAGUGUAAAAUCAGUUUUGAUGCAGCUGUUUUCUGAUUGUGGAAACACCGAUCUUGAAGGCGUGGAUUCAACCAAUGCUUGCUAUGGCGGUACCGCCGCUCUUUUUAACUCCAUCAACUGGAUAGAAUCGUCCGCCUGGGACGGCAGAUUAGCGCUGGCGGUUUGUGGAGAUAUCGCCGUUUAUGCGGCGGGGGCAGCUCGUCCUAGCGGCGGUGCCGGGGCAGUGGCGAUGCUUAUCGGUCCUAAUGCUCCAUUGGUGCUAGACAGAGGUGUUCGAUCCAGUCACAUGGAGCAUGUUUAUGAUUUCUAUAAACCUGAUAUGUCAAGUGAAUAUCCUCAAGUUGAUGCUCCUUUAUCUAUCCGAUGCUACCUCUCUAGCCUGGAUGCCUGCUAUGCCAAGUACCGGAGUAAAGCUGCUCUUAGAGGAGCUGAACCCAUUAGCCUUGACAGCUUUCAGGCCGUGCUGUUCCAUACACCGUACUGCAAGCUGGUCCAGAAGUCCCUGGCCAGGUUGGCCCUGAACGACUACGUGAACCUGAGCCCGGAGCAGAAGAAGUCCCAGUUCCCUCAGCUGGAGAAGUUCAGCGACGUCUCCCUCGUCGAGUCUUAUUUCGACCGGGAUGUUGAAAAGGCUUUCAUGCAGGAAUCUUUGAAAAGUUUUGAGACAAAGACUAAACCCAGUCUGUUGGUGGCAACCAACGUUGGGAACAUGUAUACUCCGUCCUUGUAUGGUGGAUUAGUUAGCUACCUCGCAUCAAGCCCAGCAGAUGUUCUUUCCGGUCAGCACGUUGCUCUCUUCUCCUACGGGUCAGGACUGGCCAGCUCCUUCUACUCGAUCAGGAUUACAUCAGACUUAGCUUUACUCUCAUCAGCCUUGACGUGCCUUUCGGAUUUACACACCAGGCUGGAAACCAGACAAAAAAUGUCUCCGGAGAAUUUUGUCUCCGCCCUGAGCACACGUGAGAAGGCGGUUCACGCCGUAUCUUACACGCCGGAGGGAGAGACGGCGACGAUGUUUCCUGGGACAUGGUUCCUUCAGUCAAUCGACGAGAAACAUAGACGACAAUACUCUAGACAUCCGAUCGGUCAGACUAAUGGUGUUGGACACUAGAUGAGAUGGUGCUAAACACAACAAUCAUGUAUUCCUUAAACUACAAUAAGUCAACUUAUUCCAAAUCUACUUUACGGGCACACCUAGAUUCUCCUCAUCAUUCUCUUCCUUAGUUUCUACAUGAAAUCUCUAUAUUAUUAUGUUAUGUUUAUGUUAUGGCCUAAAACAGUGGUUAGAUUGUUAAAUGAAUUGAUAACUUGACAUGAUUUAGUUUUCUGCUUUAAUCUUGUUAAUUACAUUUUAUGACUUCAGUUUAAUCCGCCAGUUAUAGUUUACAAAGUAGUUAAAUAUACAAUUCAAACAAA